UCAAGUGCAGCAGCAAUGGCCGCUGCCACAGCAACAGCAGCAGCUGCCACCAAUGACCUGGCAGCGGCAGCUGCUGUGGUGCUCUCGCUGCAGGGCACCAUGGUCAGCAGCCUACAGCAGGCGGCAUUGCUGCCGGCCAAUUCGGCAGCAGCAGCAGCGCUCAACUUGCAGGCACUCGAAUCCUAUUUGGCGCUGCAGCGUCUCACCGGCAAAUCGGAUGUUUUUCGCUUUAGCAGCAGCAACAACAACAACAAUACUAGCAAUGGCAACAGCAGCGGCAGCGGCAGCAACAACAACAGCAGCAACAGCAACAGCAGCAACAACAACAACAGCGAUGCUGAGCAGAAUGCAACAUUGCCAACGCUAAUAGACAUAGCCAGCAUUGAGCUAAAGUCGAGCUGCUCCUCGAGCGCCUCAAGCAUCUCCACAGCUGUGGCCACUUCGCCCAACGCCAGCAGCAGCAACAACAACCACAACACUAGCAGCAACAGCAGCUGCAACAACAACAACAGCAGCAACAGUAACAACAACCACAACAACAACAACAGCUCCUCAAGCACAUCCAAGUGCAUUCCACCGCUGCCUUCAAUUAGCACCGUAAGCGCCGCCGUGGCCGCUGCUGCUGCCGCUGCCGCCGCUGCGGCCAAUCAGCAGGCGGCACUGGACUGUGCCACAGCCGCCGAAUUGGCAGCCGAAUGCGAUUUGCCGCUGCUCGACGGCGAGGAUGCCCUGUCCUUUGAGGCUGGCGACCUGGACAGCAGCUACGGCAGCUUCAUCUUCAAUCCGAGCAGCUUCGGCGCCACGGAAACGGACACCACGCUGCACUCGCUGCAGGCGACCAUGUACCAGGACAAGCUGAGCGUCAUGGCGGCCGCUGGCGGCAGCAGCAGUGCGGAGGAUGCGGCAAAUGGCUCCACGGCAGCGGCAGCCCAGCGCUCCAAGAAGCAGUUCAUUUGCAAGUUCUGCAAUCGCCAGUUCACCAAGUCCUACAAUCUGCUCAUCCACGAACGCACCCACACGGACGAACGUCCCUACUCCUGUGACAUAUGCGGCAAGGCCUUCAGGCGUCAGGAUCAUCUGAGGGAUCACAGAUACAUUCACUCCAAGGAGAAGCCCUUCAAGUGCGCCGAAUGUGGCAAGGGCUUCUGCCAGUCGCGCACUCUAGCCGUGCACAAGAUUCUGCAUAUGGAGGAGUCGCCGCACAAGUGUCCCGUUUGCAAUCGCUCCUUCAAUCAGCGCUCGAAUUUGAAGACGCACCUACUCACCCACACGGACAUCAAGCCCUACAAUUGUGCCUCAUGUGGCAAAGUGUUUCGGCGCAACUGUGAUCUUAGGCGCCACAGUCUGACGCACAAUCUGUCGGCCACGGGCGGCAUGGGCGGUGGCUUGGGUGAUCUAUUUGGCAGCAGCAGCAACGGUUCCAGCUCCGAUCUGGGUCUAUCGAUGGUCCUGCCCAGCCCAACAGGCUCUGGAGCAACUGCCUCAGCCACCUCCAGAGACCUGGUUGCCGUCAGCGAUUGAGCUCCUUUCGAGAAAGGAAGCGCUCUGAAAAUCUCAUUUGCAGCUCUCAACAAUUCGAAUCCCUCCACAAUGUGUCUGAUCUGUGUUGCUCGUACUCGUGGCCCUUAAGUUGCUUACAGCUUACAGCAUUUAAUUUAGUUUUAGCGUGUGACUAAUUAUGGUUAAGCUACUGAUAUUUCUAGCUGGUAAUCUAUUGGAUAUUUGAAACAUAGAAAUAUAUCGAAAGUUUGACUUUAUUUGGAUAUACAUACUAUAAAUAGAAUAUUAAGUAAAUUGU